AUGACCGAUGCCCCCUGUGGCCACAACGUGGACUUUCGAUGCGCUGUCAAGUUGCACGAACUGUGUGCGUGCCCGAAGUUUGUCGUGUUUGGGUGUGCGUUGGCUGUCAAGUUCCAGGAAUUCGUGGACUUUCGAUGCGCUGUCAAGUUGCACGAACUGUGUGCGUGCCCGAAGUUUGUCGUGUUUGGGUGUGCGUUGGCUGUCAAGUUCCAGGAAUUCGUGGACUUUCGAUGCGCUGUCAAGUUGCACGAACUGUGUGCGUGCCCGAAGUUUGUCGUGUUUGGGUGUGCGUUGGCUGUCAAGUUCCAGGAAUUC